AUGCCAGUGACUUCACCAGCCACUAAAUUGCAGAAAGAUGGAAAUCCUGCCAUCAAAGCUUGCAACCGCAAGCACAGAGAUGCCCGCAGACUGAGCUUUCUCAAUUGGAACACAGGUGGACUGAAUUCUGCCAAGCUGGAUGAGAUCAAGAUAUGGCUUGAAGACCAACAGAUAGAUGCAGCUGUACUUACAGAGACCCGCAUGCCAUUUGAAGCAGAGUGGAGCGAUGACAAAUGGCUACAUGUGCAUACUGGUACACCUGCAGACAAAGGGGGGGGAGUUUUUUGUUUAGUUUCAAGACGCAUUUGCACUGCCCAGCAACUCAAGUGGCAACCAAUUGUGGAGGGCCGCCUUUUGCAUGUGCAAUUGCAGCUGAAGCAUAGGAACGUGGACAUUGUGGGCUGCUUGCCCUUCACUGUGGAAGAACUGGAACAAGCCCUGAGAGCCAUCCCGAUUGGGAAAGCCGUGGCACGACCAUGUGCGCCAGGCAUCGUAUGGAAAUCCAUGGCCCCCUUGAUUGCUCCUGCACUGCACUCCAUCCUAUCAGACUGGUGGCUAGGCCUUAAAAGCCACAAGGUAGCUGGUGGCUUGUGCAUUUUCCUAGACAUUGAACGGGCAUUCGACAUGGUAAGAACCUUUUGUUCACAGAUUGAGUUGCAGCAAUUGAUGACAAAUAUUUGCAUCACCCUGCACCUCUUACAAGAACUUGGCAUGACCAUCAACUCAGCAAAAUGCACUGCACUGCUGGCCAUGAAGGGCUCGACGCACCGAGCCCUGAAAGCGCAGCUCACAGCCAAACGAGAUGGAAAAGUGCUACAAGCCGGCCCUGACCUUUGCUGGCCAUUUGCAUCACACGCAGUUUCCACUGGCAAACCUCUGGCCAGCCUGAUGUUUGCACCGAAAGUGGAUGCACCUGUGAGGGGACAAACACUCCUAUCUGAUGGAGAUCUGCUGAACAUCAAAAGCCAGGAAAGGGGGGGUCGAGUCCUUGCCAUUGUCCAGUCGAAGAAUUGGCAUCACAUGAAACAAGAACGUGCAGCUUGUGAAUAUCUGGCAUCGCGGUGCCUCUUGUGCGAUCAAUUCCUCGGCAGAACGCAGGAACUGAACCACCACCUCAAGACCCUGCACCCAGAGUUUUGGCCAUCAGUAUCAGCAAAGGGCAAGCAGCUCACCCAGCUCCAUGGGGAUGAAGUGCCAUGCCCAUAUUGCCAUGCAAUGUUCCAGAACAUUCACCAAUGCACAGUGUGGACGCAGUUAGCUUUGCUGAUGGUGUACGGCGGAGGGGAGACCAACAGUGAAGGCCACCCAAACCUUUCCAAGUUGACCUGCGAAAUUUGCCACAUGACUUGUGGCAGUCCUGAACAAUUGCAUGCCCAUUUGGCCCGGGCUCACCAGUUGAUCAGCAGCAGUUUCAAUCCCGCCAGGGACAGCCUGGCGGGAGAACCCGCAUGCAACCAUUGCGGGGCUUUGUUUGAGAGCCUUGAGUCCCUGCGGUCACAUGUGAACCAAGGCAGAUGCAAGAAAUUUGACCCUGACCUGCCUACGGAAGUGCUGGCGAUACAAGACACCUGGAUUGACGCCACCUGUCAUGGAAUGUUGGCUGACAAACUGCGAGAGGCCCACACCAGGCUUCAACUGACCUUGCGAUGCCAAAGCUGCAGUGGCAAAUACAGUCGUGCUGCGGACAUGGCUGGCCACCUACAGUCAGCGCACGCUGAGCUCUGGUCUGCAUCUCAGCCAUUGACGCAUGCCAUGAUUGAGCUCUACUAUGAGACAGUAGGUCGACAUGCCUUCUCUGCGCUGAAGAUUUUCAUGUUGGAGAACUCGCCCUUCAUCUACAUGAGGUGCACAGAUUGGUCCAAGUGCAUCUCCGAGCCCAGUGCCCGUGCCUACUGCAGUCAGCAAUACUGCUUAACCGUGCAACCCAUGGCCGACUUGCACAUGGAGGACACAGAGGACGCCACCAAUCAGGUCUGGCAGACCUUCAGAGAUCUAGCUCCCAUGCUGGACAAAACCCUGAAGCUGACGCCGAAUGCUCCGCCCAAGCGUCAAAGAAAAGGAGAACCCAGCCAAAAGGCCCAGGAAAGCAACCAGGACGCUCUGAGCAAAGUCAACCUGGCUCAGGCCUUGACGUUGCUAACAAAACUGACCCUUCAGCUGGACAAGGACCUCCAGGUGCUGAAAAAGGAGGACACCUUCAUUUUCUUUUUCGCCAACAAAGGCAAAGAGAGCAGUCUGCACAACCUGAUGCAGGCGACCGAGACAUGGGUACAGAAACACCAAGAGAACCAGAAGGCCGAGAACCCCAUCAGAACGAUGCCUCUGCGCCAGCACCUCCUGCAGGUUUUGUUCAACGAGCUCCUGACCAAGAUCGAACAGCUGGGGAAUGCCCAGGCGGGCUCAGAUCUUCUCCUUGCAGCCCAGAACAAUCUGAUCCUCCUGAAGGACAACACAUGCCCGUAUGUCCAAUGGGAUCAUACCAAGAAAGCCCUGGUUGUCAGCAACAGGAAACCACUCAGUUUGAAGAAGCUGCACCAACUGUGCACCGACCUGCUCGAGGCCAUGGUGGACAUCAACAUGGUGACCAAGUUUCAUGCUCUGCCGACGGGGGACAAACAGAAUGUCUCCCCAUGGAAACUCCAGGUGAGUCUGCGCCAGGACACACCAUGGAUGAUGCUACAAGAGCUCUGCAGUUCAGCAAUUUGGCUGCUCCUGGGCACAUCGCUCAAGGCGCACAGCCUGACACAAAGCCCUCUUGCUUACAACCUGCAGAAGACCUUGCUUCCGACGCGUGGACCCCCGAAGGGCAAAGGGAAAGGCAAGAACAAGAUCAACCAACAGACCAAGACGGAGGAUCCAUGA